UAAAUCCAGAAGACAUUGGUGAACCUGGCAAACCACUUGGUCCUGGUGGUCCAGGUGGACCUGGUGGGCCGGGUGGACCGGGUGGUCCUGGUGGACCUGGAGGUCCUGGAGGACCAACUCUUGCAACAGAUGAGACAACACCACCUGAUGUUGGUAAACCAGGUGGUCCUGGAGGACCCGGAGGGCCAGGAGGGCCUGGAGGUCCUGGUGGACCAGGUGGACCAAAUGGUCCUGGAGGACCAAAUGGCCCAGGCGGACCAAAUGGACCAGGUGGCCCCAAUGGGCCUGGUGGACCAAAUGGACCUGGUGGUCCAGGUGGGCCUACACCAACACCAGAAGAAGAACUAGAAAUUCCUGAUAAUGUUGGUGACCCAUUAGGACCCUUGGGACCAGGUGGACCUGGAGGGCCAGGGGGUCCUGGAGGACCUGGUGGGCCUGGUGGACCAGGUGGACCUGAUGGGCCGGGUGGACCAAAUGGACCUUCUCUGCCUGCGGAAAUAACCCUGCCUAAAAAUAUAGGACAACCUGAUGGACCUGGAGGACCAGGUGGACCAGGAGGUCCUGGUGGACCUGGUGGACCUGGUGGGCCUUAUGGUCCAGGUGGCCCUGGAGGACCCGGUGGUCCUAUUUUUACAGUAGCCACUCCAUCACCGGGUGUACUAAUAAGUAUUCCAGAAGUGACAGCAAUUCCUCCUGUAGCCACAGAACCACUGAGUGUACCACCGGGUAUUCCAGAAGUGACAACAGCUCCUUCUG